AUGCAACAAAGAUUACGGUCGAUGAAGCGCCCUCUGCUUCUCGCAGCUGCGGCCACAACAACUCUCGCUGUCGGAGGCGGCUACUACGCAACCCGCAACAGAACCCACGUCGUCGACAAGGCCCUCGUCCCUCUCAAGCGCGACCAAACAGGGCGCAUCGUCCCUCCCACAUUCAGCGCAACAAAAGCCCGUGCCGAAGCCCUCGCCGAGCUGCGCCGCAGCGGCCAGCCCAAUAAAGAUACUGAGUACGACCUCCUCGUCAUUGGCGGUGGCGCUACAGGAACUGGUAUCGCUAUCGACGCCAUCACCCGCGGUCUCAAGGUCGCUCUCGUCGAGCGCGAUGACUUCUCCUCCGGCACAAGCUCCAAGAGCACAAAGCUCGUCCACGGCGGCGUUCGAUACCUAGAAAAGGCUGUAUGGAACCUUGACUACGGUCAAUUGCAGCUCGUCAUGGAGGCUCUCCGCGAGCGCAAGACUUUCCUCAACAUUGCGCCCCAUCUGUCCAGCUCGCUUCCCAUCCUACUUCCCCUCCAGAAGUGGUGGGAGGCGCCCUACUUCUGGGCCGGCACCAAGGCCUACGAUCUCCUCGCUGGCUCCCAGGGUCUCGAGAGCUCUUACUACAUGAGCAAGAACAAGGCCAUGGAGGCUUUCCCCAAGCUGCGCAGGGAGAAUAUGGUCGGUGCUCUGGUUUACUACGAUGGCCAGCACAACGACUCCCGCAUGAACGUCGCUCUCGCUAUGACAGCUGCGCAAUACGGUGCCACCGUUCUCAACCAUGUUGAGGUUACCGGUCUCGAGAAGGAUGCCAACGGCAAGAUCAGCGGCGCUCAAGUCCGCGAUGUCCUCGCUUCCAAGAACGGUGACUCUGCCAACGCUGAGCCCUUCAAGGUCCGCGCCAAGGGUGUUGUUAACGCUACUGGUCCCUUCACCGAUGCUAUCCACCAAAUGGAUGACCCCUCUCGCAAGCCUAUCGUCGCCCCUGCUUCAGGUGUGCACGUCAUGCUUCCCAAGGACAUCUGCCCCAACGGUAUCGGUCUCCUCGACGCUGCUACCUCAGAUGGCCGUGUUAUCUUCGUUCUUCCCUGGCAAGGAUUCACCCUCGCUGGUACCACCGACAACCCCUGUGAGGUCGAGCGCGCACCCGUUGCUCAGCAGAACGACGUUGACUUCAUUCUCCGUGAAGUCAGCAAGCUUCUGACUCCCGAGUCCGCUCUUUCCCGCAAGGACGUCCAGGCUGCCUGGUCUGGCAUCCGACCUCUCGUCAAGAACCCCAACGCGAAAAACACCGAAUCCCUCGUCCGGAGCCACCUCAUCACCACCUCUCCCUCCGGUCUCCUCACAUGUGCCGGUGGCAAGUGGACUACAUACCGUGAGAUGGCUGAGGACACUGUCAACGAGGCCGUCAAGAUGUUCGAGCUCAAGCCCCAAGCUGUCUCUCUCCCCGACAUCAGCGGUGCCAACGCAAGCGGCUUCACCACCUCUGGCCUUUGCUGCACUCGCAACAUUCCUCUCAUUGGCGCCCACGGAUACUCUACUUCUCUGGCCUCUCAGUUGAUGGAGAUGUACCCCAUCGACGCCGACGUUGCUGACCACCUCGCUCACAACUACGGCGAUCGCGCCUGGACUGUCCUCUCCACCAACCCCUCCCUCAACACCCGCCUUGUCUCCGGUCUUCCCUACCUCGAGGCCGAGGUUGCCCAUGGUAUCCGCAAUGAGGCUGCCUGCACUGUUGCCGACAUCAUCGCUCGCCGCACCCGUCUCUCAUUCCUCGACUCCAGCAAGGCUCUCCAGGCUCUCCCCCGCGUCAUCGACAUUGCCGCUACUGAGCUCCAGUGGUCCAAGGCCCGCAAGGCCCAAGAGAAGGCUGACAGCAUUGCUUUCCUCGCCUCUAUGGGUCUCGAGCAGAUGACCGACGCGCCUGUCCAGGCCUCUCAACAGGAGCGCAUGCCCGCUCGUCAAAUUGAGCACAGCCAACAGCGCCCCGCUCGCGUCGGUGGUCUCGAAGUUGACCUCAACGGUCUCGGCAGCACUAGCUCCUACAGCAAGUCCCGCGACGACUAA